AUGAGAACAUAAGAAAGUGAUAAAAUAACUUGUUUAUCAUUAAAAAAACUCAAAAAUCAAAAAUUCUAUGAAAUAAUAUUAUUGAAAGAGAGAGUUGCACUUCUCUAAAAAGAAUCAGAAAAUAUUGAAAAACGAGCAGACCCUUUAAAGUCGAAACUUUUAAAGAAUGUUGAAGAAUCAAAAAGGCUAUAUGAAGAUAUAAAAGAGAAAGUAUAGUUAUUAAUAAUAAGGAAUAAGAAUAUGAAUAAUUUAUUUAAAACGAAAAAGAAAAAGAAUAAAAUGCAAAAAGAAUGAAAAAAAAUUUUUUAAAGUUUUCAUCAAAUGAUGCUUUAUAAUUUGCUAGAGAGCAUGCUUUGAAAGAAAAAAAAGAAUAAGCAUUGAAAAUAAAAUAACUUCGUGAGAAAGAUAAAUUAUUAAUAAAAAUGAAUUAGGAUUCGUAUAUAAAAGAGAAAAUAUUGAAUAAGUAUAUUUUUUAUGUUUUAAAACCGUAUUUAGAUAUGAAGUGCAAAAAUAGGAAUAGUAAAUUAAGGAGAAAUUAAAAGAAUAUCAUGAAAAUAGAUAAUAAAAAUUUUAAGAAAUGAGUUCUAUUGAAAAAUCUUAAAUAAAAUAAGAGUUAGAUAGUAAAGAUUAAGAACUAAAAGCAUUAGAAGAAUUAGAAAUGAGAUUUUUACAAAAAUUGUAAUAAAGCAAAUCGUAAUAGCUAUAAUUUAAGAAUUAAAUAAAAGAUGCAAUGGAAUUAAAGUUAGAGGAUUAUAAAAAAAAGUACUAAAAGAAAUAGAAACGAGAAUGA